AUGACAGGUGAAAGAGUUUCGGCUAAGGAAGUGGCAGAAGCUAAGGAUAGAAUGGAUAGAUAUGCUCAUGCAAUCGAAUUCAUGAAAUUUCUCGAGGAGACGAAGGACGAGCCCAUGUCCUUUUCCGAUAGUUGGAUUUAUAGCGUGAUCAUGCAAGUUAUAAUCAUCGGCACUCUUAUUCCCUUACACAUUCAUCUCCAAGAGAACAACGAUUACUUCUACUUCGUAAGAUACAUAAUGGGGAUGCAAGUUUUGUUCCUUAUAGCCGAAAUUGGAUGCUUCAAACAACGGCUUCAAGGUAGAGUCAUGGGAAGUAUCAGUCACAUGUGUGGCGUUGUUGCCAUCAUCCUACACCUUCGUCUGAUUUCUUGGGCUCUUGCUAUGGGCAUAGGCAUACCACUUUCUCUGUGGACCUUUAUUACCAUCUUCGACACAUGUUUUAUGGCCUCCGUUGCGGAUUAUGUCCCAGAUUUGACUUUAACUGUUUGA